AUGACCCGACGCAUCUUCCCCGUUACCGACUGGGCGCCUACCCAGGAAGCCAUGAUGGACCCUCUUGCUUCAUCCGCUGCCGAGUCCUCCGCCGUGGGAGAGUCUGCCAACACGAACGCUAAUGCCAACCCGAACGUCACGAUGCCCAGCGCAACGGCUGCGACUGUCAACAACUCCCAUAGCGAUGCUGGUGCCACAGGUGCGACGAGUGGUCUGCGAUAUCGCAGCCUCAGCGUCUCGCUGCCAUGGCGCCGUCCAAAGUCCUUCGCCUUUGGCCACGACCACCUACACCAUCUCCCGCGACACUUCAACGACCACGCUAUUGACGACACCGAAGAAGAGACUCCUGAGCAGGCUCACGCCCAAAGCCACGGCCAGAGCCAUUCCCUGGCUCAUAAUAGCUACAACCACCACCACGCCUCGGGAAGCAUCAAGGGCAUCUUCCGUCGCGCGUCUCUCUCCCUCAAAGGUAUGGUCCACCGCAGACCCUCUGCCGCUGCAGAGGACCUCCCCCAGGAAGACGCCCACCACGGCGCACAGCACGGCUGGCAUUCAGCCAGACCCGGGACUGCCCACACCCCCUCUACGUGGAACCGACUGCGCCAGGCGGCCAGUUUCCGACAUUCGCGCGUCAUCUACGACCAUGACAUGGACCUGACCCAGGAGCCGACUGCUUUCCACCACCCGCAUGCCAACUCGUUUCACCUGCCCAUUCCUGGCUUCGGCGGCGAGCCGCCCAUCAUUCCUACCAACUCGGGUGCCGCAGCCAAGGCAUCGGCGGCCAUGCAGAACGAAUACCUUGCUAGACAAGGCCUCCAGAACCUAUGGCUUAACCCCACGACUAGCGAUGACGGAAAUGACCGAGAGAGCGGUAUUGGAAUCACGGUUACCAUUCCUGGCACCGAAGCCGAUGACGGAACUGAUUCGGAGCUCGAACUGGGAUCUACCAUCAGCAGGAUCGACUUUAUCACAAAGCUACCCAUCGAGUUGGCCAUCCAUGUCCUGGCCUGUCUUGAUGCCGCCGCUCUUGCCAAGGCCAGUGAGGUAUCUCAAAACUGGAAAAAGAUCGUCGCCAACCAGCACAUUUGGCGGGAGUCGUGUCUCCGAGAGAUGACGACGACGUAUGCCACCAGUGGACCCGUUGCUCCUGGCACAGGACUAGGAAUCCCUCCAGUAUCCCCUUCCAACGACUGGAAGGAGAUUUACCGCGUCAAGCAGGAACUCACCCACCGAUGGAAAGCCGGAAAGGCACGACCUGUUUAUCUGAAUGGGCACUCAGAUAGUAUCUACUGCCUGCAGUUUGACGAGUACAAAAUCAUCACUGGGUCGCGAGACAAGACGAUCCGAAUCUGGGACAUGCGCACGCUUGAGUGUCGUCUCGUCAUUGGUCCCCCAGAGGUCAUCAACGAAGCUGGGAUGCUCAUCGAUGAAGAAGGAAACCCGGUGCACUACGCUGCAGGCUCCGACAAUGAGCGCACAGCGACGUCAAUGCCCACUCUCGCCACAUUCCCGACUCACCACAAGGCGUCCAUUCUGUGCCUACAGUAUGAUGACGAAAUUCUUGUAACGGGGUCGUCAGACUCCAGCUGCAUUGUCUACGAUGUCCGCGCUGGGUAUCGGCCUAUUCGCCGGCUUCGCCAUCACACCUCGCCUGUUUUGGACCUUGCGUUUGACGAAAAGCAUAUUGUUACCUGCAGCAAAGACACCAGCAUCUGCGUGUGGGACCGCGAGACAGGGGCUCUGCUGCGUCAGCUCCGUGGCCAUGGUGGACCUGUGAAUGCCGUGCAGAUGCGCGCAAACACAAUCGUGUCUUGCUCCGGAGAUUUCCGUGUCAAGUUGUGGAAUAUUGAUACCGGCAAGAACAUUCGCGAAUUUGCCGGUCACACCAAGGGUCUCGCUUGCUCGCAGUUCUCGGAGGACGGAAGAUACAUUGCUUCUGCUGGAAAUGACAAGGUGAUCCGUAUCUGGGACGCCAAUACUGGCGAGUGUCUCCGGGAGAUGCGGGCCCACGAGAACCUAGUCCGAAGCCUGCACAUUGAUAGCGUCAGCGGACGACUCAUCAGCGGAAGCUAUGAUACGGAUAUCAAAGUCUGGGACAUGGAGACAGGCCACCAGCUUUUGGACUUUCCCCGCUGGCACGCGAGCUGGGUUUUAAGCGCCAAGAGCGAUUACCGACGAAUCGUCAGCACCGGCCAGGAUCCCAAAAUCCUGAUUAUGGAUUUUGGCGCCGAUAUUGAAGGCAUUGGCAUGCUGGAUAGCCAACGACCAGUUCAGCAGAAUGCCGGUUUCAUCUGA